CCGCCUCCUAAGCACCACGCGGCGUCACAACACAACACGAGCAGGUGUGGAAGGGCUAUGAGUUCUAAGCGAUCGACGGCGAGCAAGAGGCGACAGUCCAACACAAGCCAUGGCACCCGACGGCAGUCCGUGACGACGGAGGAUCAUAAUGGUGAGGAACAGGAUAAUGCAGCCGAAAACCCAGAUGCAUCUGCCGAACCCGAGGAUGGAGGCCCCGGUCUGCUUUACCUUCCUUUCGUCGUCAUGGAGGAGCUGUUGGACAAGCUCAAGCUGCUCAGCUAUGAGAAGGACUUUCUUCGGCAGCUUCAAAUGAAACCUAUGAGCCGGCAUUAUUUUGCCAUCCAAAGCAAUCCAGGAGAGCAGUUCUAUCUCUUCUCUUCUUUGGCUGCUUGGUUAAUCAACAAGACAGGACGUCCUUUUGAGCAACCUCAGGAACAUGAUGAUCCCAACAGCACCAUAACCAACAUUUUGGAUGUUCUGCGAAACAUGGGAGUGAAUGUAGACUUCCCUCCAUCCAAGCUGAAGCAAGGAUAUGGAGAGCAAGCCAUCUAUGUUCUGGAUCGUCUGGCUGACAAGGCCCUUGAAACCCAGAACUUUGAGUGGCAAAAGCCCAUUUUGACUGAAGCCAAUGCAGAGGAAGAUGAUGAAGAGGAAAGAGAGGAUGAAGCUGAGAUCACCUUGGACAAGAUGGAGGAAGAGACGCUUGUUGAGGAUACAGAUGAAGAGGAGGAAGAAACCAUUCUCAAUUUGGAUGAGCUUAAAGGCCUUUCAAAGCCUGCAUUUAUGAUGGGGAUGGAAGAGAUUAAGAAGCCAGCUGAGAUACUGACAUCAAAUACAAAUGCAGAAGAAUGGAGGCUGGAAGUGGAAAGAGUUCUCCCUCAACUAAAAGUCACACUGCGAAAUGAUAUGAGGGAUUGGAGAGCUCAUGUGGAGCAGAUGCAUACUCAUCGAGAUGGGAUAGAAGAGUCUCUAAAAUCAACCCAGGGACAACUGGACAAACUGCAUGCUGACAUUGCUCGAACCUUAGAGAAAAUUGGUUCUAGGGAGAAAUAUCUCAAUAACCAGCUUGAGCAUCAGCUCACAGAAUUUCGCAGCCUUCAGGACCAGUUGGCUCAAGCCAGGCAACAAUAUAGUCAAGUGAGUGGAGGUGUUGUGGAGAGGAAAGAAAAGUUCAGAGAACUCUCAACUCGACUUGAGACUUUGAAAGAGGAAAUGGAGAGACGUGGGUCAGCCAUGACAGAUGGAUCUCCUCUGGUGAACAUACGGAAAGCACUGACACGACUGAGGCAGGAAGUGACAGGGAUGGAUGUGCGGAUUGGUGUCGUAGAGCAUACUCUUCUACAGGCAAGACUUCGAGAUCGAUCUCAGAUGCAGAGAGAUAUGCACUCUCUCCCAUCUCAAUCUCAACUACCUGUUGGACUCUACUAAGCACCUUUCUUUUCAUCAACUCUCUUUCAAGCAGAUUCAUAUGAAAUUACAUUAUACCUGUAAUAUUUUGGAUUUUGAUUGUAUUGCAAUGAGUGGGGAAUGUGCACAGGCUGAAUGCUAAAAAGCAGUUCUCCAAGAUUUUUUCCUUUGCAUUAUAUGUGAAGUGAAGCUUCAUUUAAUUGUUAAGCCCUGUCU